CACCCGGAGGUGCCGGCAGCCCGCGGCUCGGGAGCAGGAGGGGACCGCGCCGUGCCGGGGCCGGGGUCCUCAUCCCCCUGCACCAGCCGGACCUCGGUGCACGGCCGGGGACCAUGGAGCUGCCGAGCGCCUGCAGCCACCCGUGCUGGUUCGUGCUCACGCUGCUGCUGCUGCUGCUGCUCUGGGCUGCACGGCGCAGCGGCACUUGGCUCCCUCGCAGGUGUCCCACCGACCUGACCGGCAAGACGGUGAUCGUCACCGGAGCCAACAGCGGGAUCGGCAAGUGCGUGGCGCUGGAGCUGGCCCGCAGGAACGCCCGCACCAUCCUGGCGUGCCGGAGCAGGGAGAGGGGCGAGGCGGCGGCGGCGGAGAUCCGGGCGGCCACGGGGAACCCGGCGGUGCUGCUGCGGCUGCUGGACACGGGCUCGUUGGCGUCCGUGCGCGCCUUCGCCGGGCGGGUGCUGCGCGAGGAGGCGCGGCUGGACGUGCUGGUGAACAACGCCGGCCUCACCGGGCUGCCCUUCGCCGUCACGCCGGAGGGGCUGGAGCGGACCUUCGCCACCAACUACCUGGGGCCGUUCCUGCUCACCAACCUGCUGCUGGACCUGCUCAAGGCCUCGGCGCCCGCCCGCAUCGUCAACGUCGCGUCCUUCCGGCACAGCGCCGGCACCGCCAACCUGCGGCACCUCACGGGCCAGGAGCGCCCCGAGAGCUUCGACCAGGCCUACAACAGCACCAAGCUCAUGAACGUCCUCUUCACCGCCGAGCUGGCGCGGCGCCUGCAGGGCACCGGGGUGACCGCCAACGCCCUGAACCCCGGCGUGGUGAGGACGGGCAUCAUGCGCCACUUCAACUGGCUGGUCCGCGCGCUCUUCGCCCUCGCUGGGCCCUUCAUGAAGUCCGCGGAGGAGGGGGCCGCCAGCACCAUUUACUGCGCCGUCUCGGAGGAGGCCGCCGGCAUCACGGGCAAGUAUUUCGGCAGCGACUGCAGGCUGGCGCUGCCCUCUGCGGCCGCCCGCGACGCUGGCCUCGCUCGCAAGCUCUGGGAAGAGUCGGAGCGGCUCACGGGCCUCGCCGCGGGCCAGGGGUGCUGAUCCGGCCA